UGAAGAAAUUGUCAUGGCCAAAGGGAUACGAAAAAUACUACUCCAAAGAGCCACCCCACCUUGGUAGUUGGGACAAAGGAAAGAAAAGGUGAAACAGAGGUUGGGCAAAUUAGUGAGGUUUAUGCCGGAAGCUACCAGGGUUUAGCUACUUAAAAAGGGAAGUGAAAGGGUGUUACUUCUUCAUCUGCAAAGCACCCCAAAACCGGAUUCUUCGUAUUUAAUGAGCAAUGGAGGGCGUUAGGCUUCGAUUGUCGUUCAAAGACCCUGACAUUCUGAGUGACUUACAGAAAUCUGAGGGUUUUGGACAAACUUGGCUUCUUCUGAAACCCCAACAGCAUAAAACUGUUUCUGAUCUUUCUUCUUAUCUUCUUCACACUUUUCACCUUCAUCAUUCUUGUCCUCACGGAAUCCUCCUCUUUAUGGAUGGUUUUGUCUUGCCUCCUUUUGAGUCAACUGGUAUUUUCGAGGACAAAGAUGUAGUCAGUGUGAAGAAGCGAGGAGGACAUAUAGCUGUCGAUGGAAAUAAUGGACCAAAUGUGAUUUUAGCUGUCGAAAAAAAUAAUGGUCCCAAUUUAGUUGAUAAUCUCCAAAUUGUUGAGAAGCAACCUUUAAUGGGUGGGCCAUUGUUAUUGGCAAAUAAACCAUUCGAUCAUGGUGCUGGAGGUUAUGAGUCUUAUGACAGUGAAGAGUCUGAAGAUGAGUCUGAAAAGGAGGAAGAGGCAGAACGGAAGGAAGAUACGUCACACCAGGAAAAUGCUUUGGUUGGCACUGGAAUUUCCAAAAAAAGAAAAGCAUCAGAAAUGCUUCCUAGCUCAAAGAAAAAGAAACACUGUUCUGAUGUUAUGGAGAAGCUUGAUGAGCAGACCAAGAAACAAGAAGAUCAUACUAGCAAGAAACAGGAGGUUUCUGAUACAAAUAACAAAGAUUUGGAGAAUAAUAAAGGAAAUGCUGAGAGUAAUGAGGACAAUCAUAUCACACCCAGAAAGAAAAAAUUUGAUGAGCUUCAAAAACAUGGUUUGGAGAAUAUAGAGGCGUCCCCCAACUUUGAUGCGACUAAAAAAAAGGGCCCUAGUAGAAGUGCCAAGAGAAAAACUGCUAAAAGGCGAUGGUUGCGGGAGAUGGCUAAAAUUAAGGAGAAGAACACAGUUGCUGAAUCAGAAGGACUGCGGAAUUGGAAAGAAUUGCAGGCUAAAGCUGGAAAGGGAGAGCUUAGCUGCCAACCAAAGGGGCGAUUGAAUGACGAGUCUAAUGGCCAAGUGAUGGGACACCAAAAUUGGAAGCAGCAGAAAACUAAAACUAAGAAAGAAGAGGUAUCUGGCCAACCAAAGGGACUACUGCACUGGAAGCAGUUUCAUGGUGAAGAUAAGAACAGAGAUGUAAACGAAGAAAAGCCCGUAGAAGAAAAAAUCAAAUCGUGUGGACAACCACAUCAAAAUAGUGACACAGAAGAUGAAGUUGUUCCGGUGGAAGUAAGGCCUGGGCAUAUUCGCUUUGAACCUGUUGGAAAAGAACAAGUUUCGAAGCAGAGUCAGGAAGAAGUGGAAAGUUUCAGGUGGAACGGUAUGAUGAGCAAGAAAAAGGGACAAAAAUGGGGCCAAGGAGUUUCAUUUUCCCCAAAGAAUGAUUCUCUAGGUCCAAACAAACAACAUCCUGAUAUGAUGAAUCGUGGGAGACAGAAAUGGGGCCAAGAGAGAGAUUCAUUUUCCCAAAAGAACGAUUCUCUUGGUUCAAACAAAGAACAUCCGGAGAUAAUGAAUAGUAAGAGACAGAAAUGGGGCCAAGAGAGAGUUUCAUUUUCCCAAAAGAAUGAUUCUCUAGAUUCAAUUAAAGAACAUCCUGAUAUGAUGAAUCGUGGGAGACAGAAAUGGGGCCAAGAGAAAGAUCCAUUUUUCCAAAAGAACGAUCCUCUUGGUUCAAACAAAGAACAUCCCGAGAUGACGGAUCAUAAGAAACAGAAAUGGGGCCAAGAGAAUGUUUCAUUUUCCCCAAAGAAUGAUUCUCUAGAUUCAAACAAAGAACAUCCUGAGAUGGUGAAUGGUGAAAAAGAGCCGCAUUUUCAUGAAUCAAUUGACUUCAAUACACUUCCUUUUCUUUCUGGCCUGCCCAAGGAAGGUCUUGUGAUUGCGUACCGGGUUCUUGAGUUAUCAUCAACCUGGACCCCUGAAGUUUCCUCCUAUCGGGUUGGGAAAAUAUCAUGGUAUAAUUCUGAAGCAAAUAAAGUUUUGCUGAUGCCAGUAGCUGAAUUUCCAAUCAUUUCUACUGAGGAUGAGUCUUCAAAGCAACCAGAUAGCUCUAUCUAUAAUGAAGACGGAUCUCUGGAGAUAGAUUUUCCAGCCCUUCUUGAAGUUCGUCUGAUGAAUAGUACUCCAGACCAAGCAGUACCUGGUGGGGUUAUUGAAGGUUCUGCUUCGAACGAGUCCACUCCAAUGCUUGGAAGCAGUAAAAAGAAAACUGAAACCCCAGCUGCUGGAGCUGGAGAAGCAAGCAAUGUAAUAAAAACGCAAUCAACUCCUUCAGAAAGUGGAGGAGUAAACCUGUGGGAGCAGUUCAGUGAUACUUUAAAGUCCAAGAAGGCAGAAUUAGCUCAGGAAAGCAGCUGGGGUAAGGCAAGCACUGGGAAGAGCCGUUGGUCGUAUCGAUCAAUGAGAGGCACUGCACUAGGCCCUACAAUGGCCUUCCUAAGAUCCCAAAAGAAAAUAUGAGAUGAAGUUGAAGUUGCAUGUUCAUGAGAUGAAGUUGCAGUUGCAUAUUUUGUUCAUAUUAUCAUAAACUAAUAUUGCUUCAUUCUCGUAAGUUUUGUAAAAUUCUCACCAAUGGAGAAUUAACUGUCUUCUCGAUUAUGGAAUUAUCCGGGAAGGUUUGCAGUGUAAAAAUGGAGUUCUUGAUGCACCCCUUUAUAUAAUGUUUCUUAAAUUCGGGUUGA